AUGUAUGGGGUAUAUGAUAGAUUCAACAAGGAUCUAUCAAAUGGUAUCAGAGCUGUUGAUGCUGGGGAGGAAAUAACAGCAAUGAGGAUAAUCAAAACAGAUCUGCUAGAGAUCGUGAAGCUAAUGGAGAUGCAUCGUCAGAACCAGAUAAAGAGAGAAGAAGAGACAGAAGCUAAAACAGAAAAAAUGAAAAAAUAUUACUACUCAGAGGAAGGAAUGGAGGCUGAGAAGGCUAAGUGGAGACAGAUUUAUUACUCAAGCUUAAAGGAGAAGGAGAAAGUAGACCAUGAGGAGGAAGAAGCAUCCUUCAAAGUUUAUGAGUCAGAAUCAGAAUGCAAGACCAUACCACCGUCAUCACUGUCGGAAUUUGAAGCAACUAGCGGAGGAAUGACAGUCCACGAGGAGGAAGAUGAAGUAUCAUCGGAAUUUUCUGAGUUGGAAUCGGAAUCCGAAUCAAAACUGCAACUCCCACCACCCAUGUUGCCGCCGUCACAACCAACACCGCCGCCGACUACACCACCAUUAUCGUCGCCGUCUCUACCACGGCUACCGUCCCCUCCACCUUUAGAGUCCGAGAACAGAAAAGAAGCUACAAUUCUGAUCCCUGCAAACCCAAAUCAGAAUAAUGGAAAGAUGGAGGUGCACAUGUUCGAUGGCUAUAGACCGCCGCCGCCGACGCCACCACCACCACUGUCGGGAAUUCUAUCAAAAGGGAAAAGAACGAUGGAUUCAAUGCCGGACCAGGUGGGAACGAACCAGUUCUGCGAUGGGUGUUUUCACAAGACAGAAUGCGAAUUGCGUUACUGGGAGAUAACGGCUCCGUUAGUCGAUGGACGGAAGGAAGAGAUUCUAGGGUUUUGCAAAAAUGAGCUUAAAAGAGACAAGUGGGCUGCGAUCAACUUCAUGGGCUCACCAAAUGCUGAACAUAUUAUGGACUUAAUGGGUAACGUUUUUAAUUUAAGCCCAAAUUUAAUUGUAUCAGCUAUGACUUUGACUACGAAAGUCAAACAAAGAUCAGACCCACGUUAUUUUCACGUCACACUAACCAAAUUAACCAGACAAUUGUUGCCGAUUCCUCAAUCCUACACCUUUGUUUCUCUUCUGCCGAUCGAACCUCAAUCGGCCACCUUUUACUCAACCACGAAACCCACGGCUUUGAGUUUGGAGGUGUUGGCUUAUCCUAAUAUCGCCUUUAAAACCCUAGGGUUCAAUAUCGGAUCCCUGUCAUCCACAACAUCCUCUAAACCCAUCAAGAACUUUAAGGGAGAACAUGAUAAAAACGAGUUUUUGAGCAAUCUUGUCGAUUCACCUGGGCACGUUGACUUUUCUACUGAGAUCACUGUGGUCUUAUGUAUCACAAACGGUGUUUUAGCUAGUGUUGAUUGCGGCAAAGAUGUUGGUACCGUAGAAAAAGCUAUCAGUUGCCAAAACUUUGGAGAAAUAAUUCAUCUUUUCCUGACUGUUAACAAAAGGGACAAGUAUUUCUCUGAACAUCAGGUGAAAGAAGAAGAAUCAUACCAAACACUUCAAAGGAUUACUGAAGAUUCUAAUGUCAGCUGGUCCAAACAUCAGGGCCCCCUCCUGGGUGAUAUCAUGGUUCCCCAAGAAAAAGGUAAUGUUGCUUUAUCUACUGGGCUUCACGGUUGGGUUUUUACUCUAACCGAUUUUGCGAAAACCUACGACUCUAAAUUUGGUAUUUACAAAUCAAAGAAGAACAUUCGUCAGGAUUAUCAACGGGGGCCUAUAUUGACCAAACUUAAUGAUGAUUUGAAGUCUGACGAGAAAACCUUGUAUGCGAGAGGUGUUGCUAGAACUGUCAUUUGGGUUGAUGAGUAUUCAUCAACUGAAGGAGCACCAGCUGACCCCUCAGUUAGAAAUUUAGAUGCUCUUGAUCUUGCGGUAACAGAUGAAUCAUUUCUAGCAUUUGAACCAUGUUGUUGGUUUCUGAUAGAGCAGGGGAAUUGGUGUAUGCUUGCUAAAAUCAAAAUACAGGAGGAUUUGAACAACAUUGAGAAGAGCUUGCAGGAAGCAUACACAGAGCUGGUGGAGAACCACGAUAUCUCAAAGAGACACUACCAAGAUGAUGUUGAACAAUACAUGUGGAAUUCUCAAGCAAGUGAUUCCUUCACGAAUACCCAUGGUAUUGACGAAAACUGUGGAAAAAACACAAAUAUCACCCUCUUCCUCAAGGGCUACCAGCUAGAGUAUCGUGAGAAGCACAGUUUUAAGGAAUUAAUCAAGAAGCAGUCCGAUUUCAUGAGUUACACAAUAUCCAUAUGGGUUGAGAAGAUGAUCAAGGAAGAGAUCUCUAACAAGGAGAAUAGAAUGGUUCAAUAUUUCCUACAUGUUGUCUCCCUAUUUUUCUCUUCAUACGAACUUGAUCUGAAGUCUACUAUUGAUAUUAGAGAUUUUUAUGAUGGCAAAAACAAGAAUAUUGGUAUUACAAUUGGGGUAUUAAAGGAAACGGCUGUAGCCAUGCAAGCUUGUGGGUUAUGUGUUCUGAUUACAAAGAGUGUUAAUGUCCCACAUUUGGAAAAGCAUCUGGGAUUUCUGAUUUGGUAUGUGGGGUAUUUCCAUGAAGAUACACUAAGGGUUGCUAAUACGGCUGUUAAGAUGAUGACAUGGGCUGCAAAGCAAAGAAAUGUGCGGGUUAAUGAUUAUGGUGGUACGGAGAACACGAUAAAAAGAACCGAAGAUAGGCUAAAGCUGAGAGAGACAGAUGAUGAACAGCAGCAGCAGGAGUCUCUCAGGAAGAACCUUGAUGGAAUUUCUGUCUCUUUUCUUGGGCCACUGGUGCUGUACUUACACGGUUGGUUGCUUUGGGUUUACGUCUCUUUUUUGCCGCUACACGUGAUCAAGAUGACAAGAGUGACUCAUUCUUUUCUUCACCUUGAGGACAAGGUGAAAGUUUGGGCCGCCGGUAUUGUUAAGCCCCAAACUAAUCCUAAAGUGCUUUUAGUUGAUUUGAUUUAUUAG